AUGAAGGUGCUGAAUACACUGAAAUACAAAUGCGAGCAAUUGGAGGCGUCGAUGAGAGAGACAAGAAGCGUUCAGGAGAAUCUGGACAAACUGCGGAAGAACCCGCUUCUCGCGCCGACUGGUUACUUAUUGAAAGUUGAUGAAUCGAUCGAUGAAUUGUGCACCAAACUUCAACGCAGUCGACUUUUACUAUCACAGAGCAUGGAAAAAGCCAAAGGCUUGGAAGAAAAGCUGAAGCAGUGGCGAGAAACUGCCCAGAGCAUCAAAAUAGUGGGAACCUCACCCAAACUAGACAUGAAGAGUGGCGCCCAGUUGGCUGAAUUGACUUCGGAACUGGCACGACUGCGGUCGGCAUUCGAGCUCCUGAAGGCGGGUAGGCCCCCUGACACGCCCAAACUCAACCCAGAGGAAAUGAUUCCAGACCUAAUGUCCAUUCAAACGUUCCUGAAGCAGAAUCCGGCCAUCGAAACAGUGAAUAGUAGUUAUAAUAAGGUGAUUUCUGACGCGGUGAAACUUUCUUCGCUGGCAAAAGUUGUCUGUAACUGUCUUCUGUCCGUAAUGGAGGGCGGCGAUUCUGGGAAUUUCAAUACAAAACAACGUAAAAAGAAGUCAAAAAAAUCUAAGCAAAUUGUUCCACAAAAGUCACCUGUUAACGUCUUUGGUGCUUCGAAUGCUGCGGAUUUAGUAACAUCCGCGGCAGGUGUGUGGGCUCGUAACAAUGAAAAGGUUGAGGUGAAAAAGUCUCCUCGUGUUAGUGAAGUAUCCUCUGAUGACGUCGAUUUUGCUCUCUUUGAAUGUAUUACUGACAUGCGAAACAGACAGCUCAAUCACCGAUCCUCCAGUUCUCUAACGUGUUCACCCUACCGCCAACAACCCAGAGGGUUUAUUAACACACAGAAUACUUGUUACUUCAUCGCAUGCCUCCAGUCUCUCUUCAGCAUUCCUGCGUUUGUCGCCAUUCUCGACCGUCUCUCUGCGACCGUGCAUAGUGUAUUUGCGGAAGUUGGCUGUUUGCGUAAUCUCUGGACUGAAGACCUUGCUGUCACGACACCCAUACUUCGUUUGUUCGUGCUUUUGUUGGACGACAUUUCUCCCUACAAACCCAAUCAACCGAAUGGAGGGCAGCUGGCAUUGCCAAAUGAUUUCGGAUAUAUUCCCACGGGCAAGCCUCUCAAAGUGGACCCCAAGUUCUUUAGUUUGUUGACCUUGGAAGUUGGGCAUGAGCAAGAUGCUGCCGACUGUAUGUCGCGCCUCAUUACUCAACUCCACGAAGAAAUGGCGUGCUUGCUGCGCAGAUUCAAGCCUUCGGAAACGCCGAAGAAUGCAUUGGAAGAAGAUGACGACGGCGAAGAAUGGACAACGGUCGGAUGUCAGGGGAAAAAAUUUACAGAAGCCCGUCAGACUCAGGUAGACAAUGGCGAGAUGACACCAAUUUCGUUCCUUUUUGGCGGAAACCUCAUCUCCCGCUCCUCGUACAAGAAGGCCUCCCGGACAGCAAACAAGUCGGAUAUUAGUGUGAAGGAGCGAUUUUUUGUUCUUCCACUGGAACUAAAUGAUCCCCAAGUAACAUCCUUAGAAGACGGUUUCCGCCUUCUGGCGAAACGCGACAUCCUCUCCGACUUUCGCGACCCAGAAACGGGGGCCUGUGUUGUCAUGAAUCGACGCGUUUUCAUCGAUCACCUUCCACCGGUAAUCCUUGUACAACUCAAUCGAUUCUUCUACUCCGUUUCCAAAAAUGGCAUACAGAAGGUGCUCAAGCAAAUACCGGUUUACAAACAGCUGCAAAUACCUGAUUCCAUUGUCUCGAAGGAACGUGCCUUUUCAAAGGCUCAGGGAACUUACGAGCUGACUUCGGUGGUUUUCCACAUUGGUUACAACGCAACUCGUGGUCACUAUACCACUGUGACCUUGCCGACUCAAGACGACCUGCUGUACUUUGACGACGAGCGGGUGUUUCGUUUGCACCAGCAGCGAGACGAGGAGAGCAUGCUCAGGACGCAUCGACCCUUCGACGGACGAAACUGUCGAUUCACGGAGUGCAGACACCCCGCGGGUUCGGACGGUCCCCGACCCAGUAUAGCAGAACAACCGAGGACGCCUUACCUACUCGUGUACACAUCACGCUUCCAGUCCUAG